CAAUAGACUGUAACCUGGGACUGUGGGCCAGAAUAAAUGCAGAGCAAGGAUGUCAGGAGGGAAGGUGAUGUCGUGCGGUGAGGGCUGGGGUCCAAGGUAUGGAUACUGUUCGGACCUGUUCCUUCUGUUUUGCAGCCAUGGUUGAAGGCCUCCAGGUCACAGUGCCCGACAAGAAGAAGGUGGCCAUGCUCUUCCAGCCCACCGUGCUUCGCUGCCACUUUUCCACGUCGUCCCACCAGCCUGCUGUGGUACAAUGGAAGUUCAAAUCCUACUGCCAGGAUCGCAUGGGAGAAUCCUUGGGCAUGUCUUCUCCCAGAGCCCAAGCUCUCAGCAAGAGGAACCUGGAAUGGGACCCGUACUUGGAUUGUCUAGACAGCAGAAGAACCGUCCGAGUGGUAGCUUCCAAACAGGGCUCCACUGUUACCCUGGGGGAUUUCUACCGGGGCAGAGAGAUCACCAUAGUUCACGAUGCAGAUCUUCAGAUUGGAAAGCUCAUGUGGGGAGACAGCGGGCUCUAUUACUGCAUCAUCACCACCCCGGACGACCUGGAAGGCAAAAAUGAGGAGUCGGUGGAACUGCUGGUGUUGGGCAGGACAGGGCUGCUUGCUGACCUCUUGCCCAGUUUUGCUGUGGAGAUUAUGCCAGAGUGGGUGUUUGUCGGCCUGGUAAUCCUGGGGAUCUUCCUGUUCUUCGUGCUGGUGGGGAUCUGCUGGUGCCAGUGCUGCCCUCACAGUUGUUGCUGCUACGUCCGAUGCCCGUGCUGCCCAGAUUCCUGCUGCUGCCCUCAGGCCUUGUAUGAAGCAGGGAAAGCAGCCAAGGCCGGGUACCCUCCCUCUGUCUCCGGUGUCCCUGGCCCCUACUCCAUUCCCUCUGUCCCUUUGGGAGGAGCCCCCUCUUCUGGCAUGCUGACGGACAAGCCUCAUCCACCUCCCUUGGCACCAAGUGAUUCCACUGGAGGAAGCCACAGUGUUCGCAAAGGUUACCGGAUCCAAGCUGACAAAGAGAGAGACUCCAUGAAGGUCCUGUACUAUGUCGAGAAGGAGCUGGCUCAGUUUGAUCCAGCCAGGAGGAUGAGAGGGAGAUAUAACAACACCAUCUCAGAACUCAGCUCCCUGCAUGACGAUGACAGCAAUUUCCGCCAGUCUUACCACCAGAUGCGGAAUAAGCAGUUCCCCAUGUCUGGGGACUUGGAGAGCAAUCCUGACUAUUGGUCAGGUGUCAUGGGAGGCAACAGUGGGACCAACAGAGGGCCAGCCCUGGAGUAUAACAAAGAGGACCGUGAGAGCUUCAGGCACAGCCAGCCGCGCUCCAAAUCCGAGAUGCUGUCGCGGAAGAACUUUGCCACUGGCGUGCCGGCGGUGUCUAUGGACGAGCUGGCGGCCUUUGCAGACUCCUACGGCCAGCGGUCGCGGCGUGCCAACGGCAACAGCCACGAGGCCCGAGUGGGGAGCCGCUUCGAGCGCUCGGAGUCGCGGGCCCACGGUGCCUUCUACCAGGACGGCUCGCUAGACGAGUACUACGGACGCGGGCGCAGUCGCGAGCCGCCAGGAGACGGGGAGCGUGGCUGGACCUACAGCCCCGCUCCCGCACGCCGCCGGCCGCCGGACGAUGCGGCUCUGCCGCGCCUGGUGAGCCGGACCCCGGGCACCGCGCCCAAGUACGAUCACUCGUACCUGAGCAGCGUGUUGGAGCGCCAGGCGCGGCCGGAGAGCAGCAGCCGCGGGGGCAGCCUGGAAACGCCGUCCAAGCUGGGCGCACAGCUUGGCCCGCGCAGCGCAUCCUACUACGCCUGGUCACCGCCAGCCACCUACAAGGCUGGGGCCAGUGAGGGCGAAGACGAGGACGACGCUGCGGACGAGGACGCGCUGCCACCCUACAGCGAGCUGGAGCUGAGCCGCGGGGAACUGAGCCGGGGCCCGUCCUACCGCGGGCGUGACCUGUCCUUCCACAGCAACUCGGAGAAGAGGAGGAAAAAGGAGCCCGCCAAGAAAACUGGCGACUUUCCAACCAGGAUGUCCCUUGUAGUCUGACACUUUUAAGACACCUCUCUGGAUUACUGGAAAUCAGAUGCAGACAAUGGAGACAAGACACAAAUCUGAAAGCCAGCAAGCCUAGAACCUUCUCUGGCCAGCAACCAUCUUGGAAGCUUUGUGGAUCUCUGAUUUGCCAAGGGACUCCCCUUUAAGGAGGCUGAUUUCAAAUCUUAGUGCCCAUCUGUCUUGAACAACUUUCAAGAAAACGAUGUGAGAGAACGUAUCACCUAAUAACACACCACGUUUGUCUUGCCCCACCCCCACUUCCUGAGCAGAAACAAGACUCUGUCCAGUUCUGAAGCAGGUAGCUUUGGACCCCUGGUCUCUAGAAAUUACCCAUGCCUGCAGUAUGUUUUUCUACGAGUGCUAUUCUGUGCUUAGAGACAGAGGAAUUUAUUAUUACUGUUAGAAGACCUUCUGCUCACAAGAGAGAUAACGUCAAGGUAAAAUGCACCUUGGAUCCCCAUUGCUUCCAGUCACUGGUCAAUGAGUCUUGUUAUGCUAAAAUCAGAAGGCCUUUAGUGAGCUUAGCGGCAGUGACCUCCCGGGCAAUCACAGAAAUGGCUUCAAUUUGCUGCUCUGACUCACAACUCUAAAUGGCUGGGACCAGCAGAGGAUAGCAUUUUGAAAAACUGUCUUAAGUGGUCUUUCUUUUUCCAUCCGGAGGACACAAACUGCUUUUCAUCUUUUUGUUGCACAGUGACACGCAAGCCUUGAACUCCUAAGGCUCCCCACUCCCUGGUCUCUCUCCUCCUUCCCUCUCCUGGUCUUUUCAGGGCUGGUGCCUCUGAGAGUGUUUCACUCCACACUUCAGUCUGAAUAGCUUGACAUCAGGUGCCUUUGACAGGUGUUUGAAACACACAUCUGAGAGAGGAGGAAAGCAGACGUCGGUGAUGCAAGAUGAAGAAGGGGAAAGGACCUGAGAGGGAAAGGAUGUGUAGUCUCAUUUUAUUUCAGAUGUGGGUUGUUUUCCCACAAACACAUUCAGAUUUUUUUUUUUUUGGAUUUGUACUUCAUUUAAGAGUUAUUUCUACCAUCCUGUUUCUGCUGCUGCUGGAUACCAGGGGUGUGGUGUCCACAUCUUUUGGCCUCAUUGGCCUGCCACUGUAGUGCUUUGGGGAAGAGAAAGAUACCACUUCCUCAGCAAGAAGCACUUCCUCUUCUUACCCUUGCCAAAAGGAAAAAAAUUGGUUUUGCCUGAAUCCCAAAUUGGACUUUUGUAGGUAAACUGAGAAAUGGCCACAAAUGCUUCCCCUCUCAUCUUCCUGUGAAGGGGUUUGUCCUCUCACUACCACAGACCCUACCAAAUGCACCUAAACUCUCCUACAUGGUGAGAGACAAGCCUGGUCACCACGGCCAUUAUCUGGGCCCAUCUUAACAGACAUGGGAGAAAAUCUAGCCACGACCAACAAAAGAACUGCCUAGCUGAGCCGAGCCCAAACUGGGGAUUCCUACUUGAGAGGAGACGUUUGGUAUCCCCACGUGUUCAUUUAUCAAGGAUGAACCUCUCAUCAGAAUAUUUGGCUCUGAUCGGUCACUCACCCAACCUUGGGUGUCACACAACCUUCGAUUUUGUUAACAGACGUUUCAAUCUGCGUCAUGGUGGUGAGACUCAUGACUGGGUGAAGUAUCUGGAGCAAGGUGAUGCUUGCUAUUCCCUAAUCCAGUGGUGGUCAAUUCUCUACUUAUUGAUCUAUGUGUAGCCUCUGAAGAAGGUUGGUCAGCAUUUCCUCUGACUUUUCCCCGGCCACCUGACUGGAAUUCCAGAGUCCAUUUUGUUAGCAUCCAUUUUACUUCAUGAGAUUUUUUUUUUUUUCAGAAAAAGUCCUCUAUGUGUGAUGUAAGGAGCUGCUGGGCGAGGGUUGGAGGGGUAGAAUCAUUGCCUGGAGGAGAACUGGCCUGCCAAAGGACUUCAUGGUUGCUUUGGCUUGCCCUAGAUGGAUCAGGAGGAUACUUCAGCCCAAUGCUGGCACUUCCAAGGGCUGGAAGACAAAAGCCAUAACUCUGGUGCUGAGUUUUAGACUUAGUUUAACUAGUGUCCCUGGCUUCAGAAAACCUAGGUCUGAUCUGUCUGUUUGGGCUCUAAAUCCACAUGGCAAAGACAUCAUUCCUUAAUCACCAGCCUUUGAUUUCAACUUGCUCAGGCACUCUUGAAGAAUGUUGGAUAGCCGCAGUAGCUAUUGUUAUACUGAGCACUGUGUCAGGCUUCUUACCACCAAAGAGCCCCGUCGAACAGGCCACAGAGACCAAAUACAUUGCUUUGUAGAGCCAGGGGCAAGUAUGAGCUUGGUGAAAGCUGAGGGAAGCAAUAAAUUAAAAAAAAAAAAAGUUAAAAUUGGAAACACAAGUUCUAAAGACAACAAGUCUAUAGGCUGACAUUUUUUUUUUAAGUUCAAUGUAUAGAAGAUAAAAGGCUUUCAAAAUAACUGGGGGAAAGUGGAGCACAGAUUGUUCUUUGUAGGGCUGCAUGAAUCGCAUGGGCUUCCAGACCUCCAGUAGAGAGGAGGAGCAGUGGGUUCUGGGUACAUGGGUAGGAGAAGAUGCUAAACAGACAAGGCUAAGCUGGAUGCUCUCCGUGCCCUCGACAUUUCUUUACACACCCCUUUGUUUCUUCUCCAAAUACUGUGUCCCGCACAGGAAGUGCCUAUACGUAUUAGUUCCUUUCCUGUUUUUCUAGGGCAUAAAGAAAAGUCUCGUAUAAGAGGUGAUCUCCAUCCACUGAUUCCCUACAAUUUAAGAAGGAAGAUAAGUCAUGCCCAAGAAAGAAUGAGUAUAUUUUAUGCAUAUGAAAAGAAAUAGUGCUAUGGAUAAAUUAUAAUAAACUCAGAGAUUUAAAAUUUUUUUAAAAAAAACUUAAAUGGGAAUAUUUUGAUAUUUAA